AUGCAUGUCACCUAUCGCACCGAAGUUGAGGGGCAGAGUGUGGAUCUGAUGGAAGAGUCUGAAGCGGAGAUCAUGGUGAAGGAAGCCACUCCCACAGACCUCCAGUGGCUGCUCAGGGCUCCGGCCUCCAGGCUGGUGCUGCGGAACCCGAAGCUGACUGUGCCAGAGGCGGAGGCCGCCAGACGGGCGGCUCGGGCCCGAGCGCAACAGGGCCAACAGCCCUUCGAGCUUCGCUUCUCGGGCGAGUUGAGAGCUGCCACGGCUCAAGAGGCCUCGGCUGCGAUUGCAGCCAUGCCUUACCUCGAUGAACUGGGCUUGCAGCUUGAAGGAAGCAAGAUCGGUGAUGACGUCUGCCAGCAGCUCUCCGAAGCUCAAGCGAAGAUGGAGACACUGGAGAAGCUCUCGCUGUACCUGUACAACAACUCAAUCGGCGACAAAGGCUGCAGCGGCCUGGCGGUGUGUCUAGCGCAAAUGCAGAAGAUCCAAAAGAUGGAGCUCGACUUACGCAGCAACAAAAUCGGCGCAGGCGGCUGCAAGCAGCUCUCCGAAGCAUUGACGAAGAUGGCGAAGCUGGAGGAGCUCGUGCUGUACCUGGCCGAGAACUCAAUCGGCGACAAAGGCUGCAGCGGCCUGGCGGUGUGUCUGGCGCAAAUGCAGAAGAUCCAAAAGAUGGAGCUCGACUUAUGCAGCAACAAAAUCGGCGCAGGCGGCUGCCAGCAGCUCUCCGAAGGAUUGACGAAGCUGGAGAAGCUGGAGGAGCUCACGCUGGACCUGUACAACAACUCAAUCGGCGACAAAGGCUGCAGCGGCCUGGCGGUGUGUCUGGCGCAAAUGCAGAAGAUGAAGAAGUUGGGGCUCUGGUUAAGCAGCAACGGAAUUGGUGAUGACGGCUGGCAGCAGCUCUCCGAAGGAUUGACGAAGAUGCAGAAGCUGGAGGAGCUCACGCUGAACCUGUACAACAACUCAAUCGGCGACAAAGGCUGCAGCGGCCUGGCGGUGUGUCUGGCGCAAAUGCAGAAGAUCCAAAAGAUGGAGCUCGACUUACGCAGCAACGGAGUUGGUGAUGGCGGCUGCCAGCAGCUCUCCGAAGGAUUGACGAAGAUGCAGAAGCUGGAGGAGCUCACGCUGAACCUGUACAACAACUCAAUCGGCGACAAAGGCUGCAGCGGCCUGGCGGUGUGUCUGGCGCAAAUGCAGAAGAUGAAGAAGUUGGGGCUCUGGUUAAACAGCAAUGGAAUUGGCGCAGACGGCUGCCAGCAGCUCUCCGAAGGAUUGGUGAAGCUGGAGAAGCUCGAGGAGCUCACGCUGUACCUGCAAGGAAACUCAAUCGGUGAUGACGGCUGCCAGCAGCUCUCCGAAGGAUUGUCGAAGAUGGAGAAGCUGGAGGAGCUCACGCUGUUUCUGUCCGAGAACACAAUCGGCGACGAAGCCGCAGCGCGAGCUUUGUUUGACCAGCUCCCGGUUCCGAAGAAGGAGAUAGAGAUCUA